GCCCAGCAUCCUGGACAGAGAGAUAGAACCACCCGAAGCAGUAACCACACCACAUAUUCACGGGAAGAACGCGUAAGGAAUACARAAAGARCACCAUGGAGGAUGUUAUGCGAAUAACCCCUCUGGGGUCCGGCCAGGAAGUGGGACGAUCUUGUCAUCUAUUGCAGUUUCGUGACAUGACAAUCAUGCUUGAUAUCGGCAUUCAUCCGGGAUACGAUGGCAUCAACGGCCUUCCCUUUCUCGAUCAGGUAGAACCAGACCAGAUCGACGUCUUGUUGGUCACGCAUUUUCAUCUCGACCACGUCGCUUCCCUCCCAUAUCUCACAGAACGAACGUCGUUCAAGGGAAGAAUUUUCAUGACACAUCCCACCAAGGCCGUCACUCGGUUGCUCCUCGGCGAUUACAUCCGACUCUUGCAAAUGAGAAACGCAAAGGAAGAAGAYGUCUUGUGGACGGAAGCCGAAUUGAUGUCCUGCAUGGACAAGAUAGAACUAAUCGAUUACCAUACAACCGUCACGGUGGGYGGUCUGAGCUUUCACGCCUUGAAUGCUGGCCACGUCCUGGGCGCUUGCAUGUAUUUUAUGGAGAUCGGGGGRCGCACGUUACUYUAUACGGGGGAUUACAGCAUGGAAGACGAUCGUCACUUGAUGGCCGCCGAGAUACCGGAAAAGAAGCCGGACGUUCUCAUCUGUGAAAGCACCUUUGGGGUGCAGGUACACGCGAGCCGUGCGGAACGAGAAGCGAGAUUCACGGGGACGGUGGAACGCAUCGUGAGCCGAGGGGGUAGGUGCUUGAUCCCGGUCUUUGCCCUUGGAAGAGCGCAGGAACUUUUGUUGAUUCUCGACGAGUUUUGGCAGGCAAACCCGCAUCUCCAAAAURUUCCCGUGUGGUACGCUAGCAAACUUGCCAGCAGGGCGCUCCGAGUCUUUCAAACAUAUGCGAAUAUGAUGAACGGUAGGAUACGAUCACAAAUGGACGUGAGCAAUCCCUUCAGUUUUCAGCACAUCCAAAACCUGAAAUCAAUCGAUGUUAACAACUUCAACGAUUCUGGACCGUCCGUCGUCUUUGCCUCGCCCGGUAUGCUCCAGAGCGGGGUUUCGCGACAACUAUUCGAUCGAUGGGCAGCUGAUCCAAAAAAUGGUGUCUUGAUUGCUGGGUAUGCCGUCGAACACACACUAGCGAAAGAGAUUCUGAACCAGCCCCAGGAAGUGGUAACUCUGGAAGGACKGCGGCAGCCGCUGAAUUGCCUCGUAGACUACGUUAGUUUCGCRGCGCACGUUGAUUUUGUACAGAAUCGAAGUUUCAUUACGCAGGUMGAUCCGAAGCACAUCAUACUCGUCCAUGGACAAAAGGAUGAAAUGGGUAGGCUCAAAAGUGCCCUGCUGCUCCAGUAUCGAAAAGUUGCUGAAGUAAGUGAUCAAAUGAAUCUAUUCGGGUGGUACGAUUAUUCGUUAGUUCCUUUCGUUCCUUCGUUCGGAUGUUCAUUUUAACCAAAUCUGACACGAAUUGUAUUGUGUUCCAAACAUUCCUGACCUUGAAAAAACUAUUUAGAACAAGAGGCCCACAAUUACAAUGCCUCCGAAUCUUCAGACCGUUUCACUGAAAUUUGCUCGGCGGCGUUCGGCAAAGGUAAUGGGGUCUUUGGCGACAAGGGGGGGCGAACCAGAAGAGGGCGAAGAGGUUCAGGGGGUACUCGUGACACACAAUUUCUCGAGCAAAAUUGUAAAGCCCGACGACUUGGCCACCUAUACUCCUCURCGGGUCGGGUCGAUUUCCUCUAAGCUUCACGUGCCUUUUUCGGGUUCGAUUGAAACACUCCGACUCUUCCUUUCGGAAAUGUUUGCCGGUGUGGUCGAACAAACUAUCGUCGAGGAAGACAAAGAUGGCGAAAAGACAUGCCAUAAAUUCAGCUUUUACCAAGACAAGGUAAGAAGAAAGGUUAUUGCUAAGUGUUGCUAUCUGAAUUUUCUCUUUCAGCCCRWUYCUCAAUUGUUCAAUACCUUUGGUAUGCAAUGCUGAUACUUCACCCAUAGGUUACCGUCUGUGUUGGAAGAACAGAGAGAGUGGCUAUURUAGAGUGGGAUGCGAGCCCAGCCGGAGACGUCGUUGCUGACGCACUGAUAGCGCUUAUUAUGCAAGCUCAAACCAGUGCAGCAUCGAUUCGUUUGAGCAGCAAGCCCUGUCGACACGGCAAACCAGAWGAGACCGAUGGAUCGUCUUCCAAGAAAGCUCGAUACGACGACUUGAGCUCGACCGAAAACAGACUGCGACUGAUUAAUGAAACCUUGAAGAAUCAGUUUGGAAAGGUCGAAACGGUCUUCGAAGGAGAUUCUGCAUCCUAUGAAAUCACGACGGAUACUGGUCUAGCGUCGGGACUCGUUGACGAAAACGAACCACUCACUUGUACAGCCAAUGUUUCCUUUUCUGAUGCAUCGGGGGGUAUUGCGGAGAUUCGAGUCGAAUGURUGGAUUCAAAAAUAGCGUCGAACGUGCAAGAAUGUCUGAGAAAUCUAACAAAAGCCACGGCUCCCCUCAACUAAGCACUGUAUCUUGGAAAGAUCUUUGCACAAAACAUCAAAGUAGUCUAAAUUGAUAGUUUGUUMUACGACACUAAUGAAGUACGUACUGGAAAAAAGGAAAAACUAGACG